AUGACGCUUGUCCUUGCUGUUUGGGAGAAAGAUGGCCACCUUAUGAAGUCUCAACCCGGUUUCCUUCAUGCCCAGUUGCACAAGGGCAUUGACAAUAGCAAUCUUAUUCUGAACAUUGCUACGUGGGAGUCUGUUGAGGCACUACGUAACGCCUACCAACAAGAGAUCUUCCAGAAGACCCUCGAAGAAUACCCUAAGGGAACCAUUAUAUACCAGCACAUUGUGCAGAAGGUGGCCGUCCUUCGAUUUCACUAA